AGCGAACAGAGCCAUACAUAUAUAAGAACCCGACCCGUUUUCUAGUCGACAGUUUAGUGUGAGCUUCCAGUUACAUUCAUUCGACACAACGUCUGUCUUUUGUGCUACAGCAAAGCAAACCCUGCACCUAAUUUCCAACAUGAACCGCAUCAUCAUCGCCCUGACUGCCGUGCUUGCGUGCGCCUCGGCCCAAGUCUUCCUGAACCAACCAAUCCCGCUCGCGCUGCACCAACCGGCUCCCGUGCGAGAGGCUUCCCUCGCUCAUCCAGCGGUGGUAGAAAAUGCCCUGCACGAGGCGCAAUAUCCGGAUCAGUUCCGCAACAACUUCUACAAGAACCCGCAUAUUGCCGACGCACUAGCCAAGCAGUCGUGGUUCGGAGAUAAGGAGAUGCCUGUCUUCGAGCGUGAAGCCGACAAGAUUCCGCGUGACCGCAUCGUGAAGAUUUUCAAGAAUGCCGGAUUUGUGCGACGCCGCUAAAGCACACGCACACACACACAGAAACUACUCGGAUGACGGAGAUGUCAGUGAUCAGUUCAAUGAUCAGUGCACCAGACCACCUCAUCCAAAGGGACACCAAUAUAUGCUCAACUUGCCUACUUUCUGCGUGUUCCGGAAAAAUGCUAUUUUCCGGUUGAAUGCUUGUGAUGUUUGUGUCUAUGUUCAUAUGUAAAUAGUCGUUAAUUUAUUGUGCCAAUAAACUAUUUAUUCUGAUUUAAAUCAAAUCAGUGGAAUUAUCAA